AGGUCAUUCGUUCAGCAUGGUUCUGUUAUCAUCUGUUGACUGUUAUGUAGAUUCUAUAUGUAGAUCUAGAUUCUAGAUCUAAAUCUAGACAUACACUCAUUACUAGUCUAUUACUCGAAUGCAUUCUCUAUAGUCUACACUAUCUAGUUCUAGAAUCAGGAUAUAAAUCUAGGUCUAGAGUCAAGAGUGUAGUGUAAUUCUAAUUCAUUAUCUCUAUCCUAAUAAUAUCUGCAUUAUCAGUAUCAGAAUCUUUGCUAGAUUCUAGAUCUAGUCUAGAGUUAUUGACAGUUAUGUCAGUUAUAAAGUUAUACGAAUAUCGCAAACUUCUUUAUUUUAAAAGAUGUUUUACACACAAUGCUAUUAUUAUCGAUGCUAAAAGGCAUGUAACGAGGAAUUAUUUAUGUGGAGGAACGUUUUCACUGAGAAAUUUGAAUAAAGAUAUUAAAAAAGGAAGUGAUCUUCAGUUAACUAAAAAUGAAAAAAAGAGCUAUUCAACAACAGUCUCUGUGAAACCGAAUAUGACAGCUGCAAUGCAUAAUUGGAAAAAAAAGAAACGUAAGAGUAAAACACAACAGAAGAAAGAAUUGGAACAGCUGCAACAGGACCUUGUGAAUCUAUUAACAAAACGUGCCAUACAGCUAGUAAAAAAUAAGUCUCUACAUGGGGCUCAACGCACAGUUGUUUCUACGCAUGUUUUUAGCAAUUUAUUGAAUCUAAAUACAGAUGAGUCUAACCUUUUACAAACUGUAUAUUCAGAUGUUAAUGACUUUUCGAGUUCAGGAUUUCAAAAUCGUAGUGACUUUGUUGCUCACCAGUUGGAAACUCACAUACUUAGUAAAACAAACCCUGGAAUUACAGAAAAUAUUUCCUUAAGUGAAUCAAAUUCUAACUACACUAGAGAAGUAAGCAAACUCAGUAAUCCAUUCAAUAAACCUGAUUCAGUUCCUAUAAUGAAAGCAGCAAAAUAUAUAGGCCAAAUCAGUUCAGUUAGUAACUCUAAAAAUAUAGAAGGAGAAAAGCUGCAUAACUCUAGCAUUGGUGAUUUCAAGCAAUUUAUUAGUUCUUUAAAAUAUAGUGAGAUUUUUCCUGAACAUUUAAAUUAUAAAACUCCCACAGGACAAGUCAAUGAUACCUUUGACUUUAGCUCAAGUUUUAGAAAAUUUGUCACUGAUUUAGAAGUAGUCAAAAAUAUUCAAGUUGUUAAUACAAACCAUGCCUGGAGCCUUGAUACAACAGAAGCAGACACUGAAGAGUUAACUUAUAAUACAAGUGCAUGUUUACUACCAGCUGAGCCUCACCAGUCAACUGUAAGCAGCACACAACCUUUAAAAGUUGAAGAUUCAGCAGUUGUACUAGACAUAAAUCAUCCUGUUGUAAAUUCUUUUGGUGUAGAAUUUGAUGAACACCUCCCUAUAUCACCAAGUGUAACACUUCAUGAAAUUGAAAGUGAAGAUUAUUUUGUUGAUUUACCAAACUCUUUAGCAAAACCAGAUCAAAAGAAAACAAUUGUUGAAGCUGAUAAGGAGAAAACUCAUCUGAAAGAAAAGAAGAGUAAAAAAUCCCCAAAAAGUAAAGUAAUUAAUGUUGCUGGAGAAUUUAAUAAAUUAAACCAAAAAGCGUAUGCAGAAGCAUGCUCUCACGCAGGAUGUGAACUUCUAGCUGUGCGCAAUCUACAGUAUUCUAAUACAGCACAUCAAAUUGAAUCAGUUGACAUUUUGAAUAGAUUAAUACAUGCACUUGCAAAAAAGAAAAACUUGUCAGCAAUAAAAAACUUAUUUGCAUUGAUCAAAAAACAAGGGUUGGUACCAUCAUUGCAAAAUUAUGCAGGUUGUCUGGAAUGUAUUGGUAGAAUGAAAAAUAUGGACUAUACAUUAUGUGAGAAAUUAUUGUCUGAUAUUAAGGAUCAUGGCUAUGACAUUAAGGAACUUGUAAAUACUUGUAGUUUUGAAUCUGAUGAGCUCACUUACAUACUGAAGGCCAUAAAACUUGUUGAACCUGACUUUGUUUUAAACCCACCAAAAUUGGACCUGGACUACAAUAAUGACCUUCUCAAAGCACUUAAUGCAACAAAUGAAAAGGCAGUUGAAAAAAAUCAAUAUAGCAUUGACGUGAGCAAGGAUGAAAUCUUUAAAAAAGCAUUAGUCCAACUUAAUAUUGAAAAAGCAGGAGAAAUCACAGUAAAGUCUAUUUAUACUUCUUCAUCUCGUGUCAACCCCAAAGUUAACCUGGAAAAAAUACGUGCAAAAGUUUUAGAUGAUUGGAGAAUGGUAUUAUUAGAUUCGUUCAAGCAGAAACUUGAGGGUUUUGAAAAAAAAGCUCGAGACAGUACAAGCAUGAAUCUUUACCCAUAUUUAAAGCUGCUCCCUCCAGAGGAUUAUGUCGAUGUUCUUAUCAAGUUCUUGAAUAAGCUAUUCUUAUCAUCUGAGGGAUAUAGUUCCACCCAGAGUUUCUUUAGGGUUCAGAUAGGACAUGCAAUAAAUCGCAAAUACAAUAUCAAUUCUAAGAUAUCUGCUGGCUUAGGAGAAAAGAUGAUGAAACUGUAUGAACAUUAUUUGGAAAAUCUUUUGGAUAAAGAUUACACACUAAAAAACCACAGGGUUUUGUGGCUACAGUGCAUGCAAAAAUAUUAUGACACUGUGAAUAUGGAUUUGUCUCAGAAAAAAUGGCCUGCAUAUGUACACAGAGAAGUUGGGCGCAUUCUUUUAGAUAUGGUUCUUUAUGACUUGAAAAUAGAUGCAAAUUUAUUUCGACCCAGCAGUCCUAAGAGAUUUGUGCCUGCAUUUUGCACCAUAUAUAGACCUGAUGUUACACUUCCUUCCAACUCUGAAAUUAAACUUCAUCCUGCUGUUUCAAAAUUGUUUAAAAUGGACAAUAUGGAGUCAUUUUCCUUUGAACCAAGCACUGUUCCAAUGAUAGUACCCCCAAUUCCAUGGAUAUCAAAGAAUAUAGGUGGCCUUUUCUUUGGGUCAAAUUCUCUAAUUAGGCUGAGUAGUGAUAUAAACAACAUCGAUGUUCUUAAUGAUGUCAAAGAAACUCAGUUUUCUGCUGUCCUUGAUAGCUUGAACACCCUUAGUUCAUGUGCUUGGAUAAUAAAUAAACCGAUCCUUGACCUUCAGAUAGAAAUUUUUAACAAUAAAGGAAAUCCACAACUGAAAGUUUCUCCAUCAGCUGCAGAUUUACCACCCUUGCCUAAUAUCAAAGUUGACAUGUCCAGUAGAGAAAAGGCUGCAGUGUACAGAGAAAGGAUACAACUACAGCAGAAGAAACAUGAUGUUCAUGGACUUUGGUGUUCAGAUCUUUAUCGACUGUCUAUUGCUAAUAAGUUCAGAGAUGAAGUAUUUUGGUUUCCACACUCAUUAGAUUUUCGAGGGCGUACCUAUCCACUUCCACCUCAUUUUAACCACUUAGGUAGUGACAAUGUACGAGGUAUGUUACUGUUUGCAAAAGGAAAACCUUUAGGAGCAAAAGGAUUUGACUGGCUAAAAAUUCACCUGAUAAAUCUUACAGGACUAAAGAAAAGAUGUUCCAAUGCUGAAAGGUUGGAGUUUGCUGAAAGUUUAAUGCAUGAAAUUUUAGAUUCAGCUGACAGACCUUUAACAGGUAAUAAAUGGUGGCAGGCAGCAGAUGAGCCAUGGCAGGCAUUAGCUUGCUGUAUGGAGAUUGCAAAAAUUGAAAGGUUUGAUGGCAAUAAAGAAGAUUAUAUUUGUCAUUUCCCAGUGCACCAGGAUGGCUCUUGCAAUGGGCUUCAGCAUUAUGCAGCAUUGGGUAAAGAUCAAGCAGGUGCUGAAUCUGUAAACUUGCAACCCUUUGAUGCACCUCAGGAUGUUUACAGCGAUGUUGUGGAACUGGUGGAGAAAACUAGAAAAAGAGAUGCAGAAGAAGGAAAAGAAAUUGCUAAAGCUCUUGAGGGUUUUAUCAAGCGAAAGGUCAUCAAGCAAACAAUAAUGACAACUGUAUAUGGUGUUACUUACUAUGGAGCUAAGUUACAAAUUCACCGUCAAUUAAAAGAUAUCCCAAAUUUUCCCAGUGAGCAUGCAUGGGGUGCAAGUCUCUACCUCACUGAAACAACUUUCAACUGCUUAAGAGAAAUGUUUACUGCAACUAAAGACAUCCAGGAUUGGCUUACUGACUCAGCUAGACAAAUUUCAGCUUUUGCACCUAUUGACUGGUUGACUCCUCUAGGUUUCCCUGUUCUACAGCCUUACUUUAAAAAACAAGGCAAAGAUGACAGUUUACACCACAAAGUUAAACCGAAUACGAUGAAGCAGAAAAAUGCUUUUCCUCCAAACUACAUUCACUCUCUGGACUCAACACACAUGAUGCUUACCUCCCUCUACUGCAUGCAUGCAGGUAUAACUUUUGUUUCUGUUCAUGACUGCUACUGGACCCAUGCUUGUGAUGUCCCAAUUAUGAACAAAAUAUGUAGAGAACAGUUUGUGAAUAUGCAUAAACAACCACUUCUAGAGAACUUGUCUCAGCAUCUAGUUGACCUGGUAAAGAGAUCACAUAAUAAUCCACAACUGCAAGAAGAUAUGAAAGCAGUAGAUAUUCCAGCCUUGAUUCAACAACUUGGUAAUCUCCCAAAACGAGGGACUUUUGACCUAAAUAAUGUGUUGGAUUCAACUUACUUUUUUAGCUGAUUUGUUAAGAAAUUGUUAAAAUUUAUUUCUUAAAAAUGUAUUUUACUGGCCAAUUAUUUUUUCCAUGAAUAAAUUGUGUAUCUAUAUUUUACAACUAACAAAUUGUGUUAUCACUGUUUCAUCCAUGUUAUGGAAAAGUAAAUAUCCUCCUACCAGUGAUUUGAUGUUUGACUAAGGUGAUCUGUUAUGUUAAUUAAAUUAAUAUGAGUGCACUGCCUCAUGAUUUAGCUAUUUAGCACUGUUUGGUAGUAGCUUUUUUCACUACUCACUGAAAAAUUUUGAAUGGUCAAUCAGAAAUCUAAUGUGGGAUGUGAGUAUUGAUGUAUGACAAUUGUAUUUUGCAGUAGUAAAAAAAUGAAAUUGCUGCUAUGUAGAGAUAUUAAUUGUGGCCUCACUAUUAAAUGAGAGCAUCUAACAUUCUAAUUUUAUUUUCAGUUGGUAUUCAAUAAUUUUUUCCUCUGAUAGGAAAGCAUUAAAAUUUUAUAGAUUUUAUUUGAGAAGUAACCACUGUAACAUGCUUGUUUUUAAGGUUACUUAAAUAAAAAUCAUUUUUUUUAAUUAAAAAACUGUAUAUAGGAUGAUUCUUUUGUUUAAUCCACCAAGUGAUUGACAAAGCUUACUUGUAAAUUUUCGUAAAAUACUAAAGUGGAAAAAAAAUAGGUAAAUAAAACAACCUAUGAAUUAGUAUGAAUUUAUAUUAUACAAGGUUAUUAAACCACCUCAUUGAUCUAUACUUCAUUUAGAAUUAGUGCAAAAAUGUUUCAUAUAUACUUCAGCCAUAUCAUUGGAAAAAUGCUUAGAUGUUACAACCCAAGCCUUUUUGUAUUGUUUUUCGACAUUGAUGAUGUCUAAACAAUAUUCUUCUAUUCAGUGUUAUUUUUUACUUUAUUGAAAUGAGCUAUGGGGAAAACAGUACCACAUUGAUUAGUUUGAUAUGUUAAUUUAAAAAAAAUGUACAUUUGGUUCAUAUUAAAAAAUAUAAUGGUACACUCUGUAUAUAUUAUGUAACAGUAACAGUUACGUUUAUUACCUGAAGUAUUUAUUGAGAUUAAACAUUUUUGCUAAUGUUAUUCUAAGUUGUUAUAGAUAAAAAUAUUAUUACUGAAAAAUUGUAUCUUUCAAUUUUGUCCAAUCUGUGAUAAAAUGGAUUGUUAGGUUUCACUUGAUUUUCUUAUAUU